ACGCUGACUCGUCCUCUCUGGCGAGGCCCGCUCUAUGAUUUGGGGCCUUGGCGGAAGGAAGCGCUUUGCCUGAGAGGAAAGGUGGCAGAGGCGUUUGUUUGGGUCCGAGUGGACUGCGGGAGGGAGCUAAAGAGGAAGGGCAGAAGCCGGCCGCUAUGGGGGUGCCGAAGUUUUAUCGGUGGGUCUCGGAGAGGUAUCCUUGCCUCAGUCAGGUGGUGAAGGAGCAUCAGAUUCCAGAAUUUGACAACUUAUAUUUGGACAUGAAUGGCAUUAUUCAUCAAUGUUCACAUCCUAAUGAUGAUGAUGUUCAUUUUCGAAUCUCUGAAGAUAAGAUCUUUGCUGAUAUAUUUCACUAUUUAGAAGUUUUAUUUCGCAUUAUUAAGCCAAGAAAAGUUUUUUUUAUGGCAGUUGAUGGAGUAGCUCCAAGAGCAAAAAUGAACCAGCAACGUGGCAGACGUUUUAGGUCAGCAAAGGAAGCAGAAGACAAAAUUAAGAAGGCAUUAGAAAAAGGAGAAAUUCUUCCAACUGAAUCCAGAUUUGAUUCUAAUUGCAUUACACCAGGGACUGAAUUCAUGGCCAGGUUGCAUGAACACCUGAAGUAUUUUGUAAAUAUGAAGAUUUCCACAGACAAAUCUUGGCAAGGCAUAACGGUCUACUUAUCAGGCCACGAGACACCAGGAGAAGGAGAACAUAAAAUUAUGGAAUUUAUUAGAUCAGAAAAAACAAAGCUUGACCAUGAUCCAAACACAAGACACUGUCUCUAUGGUUUAGAUGCUGACUUGAUAAUGCUUGGGCUGACAAGUCAUGACCCACACUUCUCCCUUUUAAGAGAAGAGGUCCGGUUUGGUGGCAAAAAAUCACAAAGAGCAAGUGCCCCAGAAGAAACCACUUUUCAUCUUUUGCACUUAUCAUUAAUGAGAGAAUAUAUUGACUAUGAAUUUUCAUCAGUUAAAGACAAGAUUUCAUUUCCAUAUGAAAUUGAAAGAAUAAUAGAUGACUGGAUUUUAAUGGGUUUUCUUGUUGGAAAUGAUUUUAUUCCUCAUCUACCUCAUUUUCAUAUUAACCAUGAUGCAUUACCGCUGCUUUAUAAAACAUACAUGACUACAUUGCCUGAACUUGGAGGUUAUAUAAAUGAAAGUGGGCACCUCAACUUGCCCCGCUUUGAAAAAUACCUUAUAAAAUUGUCAGAUUUUGAUCGUGAACACUUCAGUGAAAUCUUUGUAGAUCUAAAAUGGUUUGAAAGCAAAGUUGGUAAUAAAUAUUUAAAUGAAGCAGCUGGUAUUGCAGCCGAAGAGUCAAAAAAACAAAAAAAUCUCAAGGCUCAGGAAAAUGUUAUAUGCUUGGAUGCUUUAGAGAAAACUGACAAUGGAAGUGUAGAAGCUUCAAAAACAGCAGUAGAAGAUGAACUGGAAGAUGAGGAUUUGUUUGAAGCAGAAUUUAGACAAUACAAACGAACAUAUUAUAUGACAAAGAUGGGUGUAGAAGUUGUUUCAGAUGACUUUCUGGCUGACCAGGCAAAAUGUUACGUCCAGGCAAUACAGUGGAUAUUGCAUUAUUACUAUCAUGGGGUUCAAUCAUGGAGCUGGUACUACCCUUUCCAUUAUGCACCUUAUCUCUCAGAUAUUUGCAAUAUCAGUGAACUGAAGAUUCAUUUAGAUUUAGGAAAACCAUUUAUGCCAUUUGAACAACUUCUUGCAGUACUUCCUGCAGCUAGCAAGGAUUUAUUACCAAAAUGUUACCAGCAUUUAAUGACUGGUGAAGAGUCUCCCAUUAUUGAAUAUUAUCCAACAGAAUUUAAAACUGAUUUAAACGGAAAGCAACAAGAGUGGGAAGCUGUAGUUUUAAUCCCAUUUAUUGAUGAGAAACUAUUAUUAGAAGCCAUGGCACCAUGCAACAAAUUAUUGAAAGCAGAAGAAAAGCAAAGAAAUAGGCACAGUGAAUGCCUAAUGUGCUUCUAUGAUAGAGAUAAAGAAUUCCGGUAUUUAUCACCAUGGCCAGAAAAGUUCCUUUCCAUAGAAAAGUGUCAUACGAGGUGUGAACCUGUGUCUAUGGAUGCUUGGCAUGUGGAUAUAGCUGAUAAUAAAAUAACUCAAUUAGAUACUGAAAAGUUAUAUUUUUGUGGCUUUCCUACUCUAAAACACAUUAAACACAAGUUUGGUCUGAAAAAAAGUGGAGUGCAAGUAUUUCAGCAAAGCAGUCAUGGAGAAAAUAUGUUGCUGGAAAUUAUAGCUGCAGAAGACUCGGAGGAGUUGGAUAUAGAAAAAGUAGCCAGUUUGAUACUUGGGAAUUCAAUCUUUGUUAACUGGCCACAUCUUGAGGAAGCAAGAGCUGUUGCUGUAUCUGAUGGUGACACUAAGUUUUACUUGGAGGAGCAUCCUGGAACCCAAAAACUUUAUAGAGGAAAUGCUGUGCCACCAACUAAAGUAGCAUUUGUUGGAGAAAAGGAAAAUAAUGUAUGGAUAAAAGAAAUCCAGGGAAUUUCAGAACACUACCAAAGAAGAAAAGGAGUAAUUAUAAAUGAGACAUCUAUAAUUGUAUAUGCCCAAUUACUAACUGGGAGUAGAUAUCAGUUAAAUCAAAACGGUGAAGUGUAUUUUGAAAAACAGUGGUCCAAGCAAAAUCUACCUUUUGCAUACCAGACAAUUGUGAAGGAUAUAAAAACUUUUGAUUGCCACUUCUCCAAACUAAAAACUUUGGAUGACCUAUUCCCUCUUGGAUGCACAGUUUUCAUGCUAGGAACACCUUACUAUGGCUGCACAGGAGAAGUUCAAGAUUCCUCUGAUGUAAUCUCAGAUGGCAGAAUCCGUGUUGUUUUCAACAUUCCAAUUGAACCUCAGCUGGAUAUCUUAAUACAGAAUCAGCAUAAAUAUUCUGUGAAAUAUAAUCCUGCAUAUGUGUUGGCCAGUCGUCUUGGAGUGAGCAGCUAUCUUGUGUCAAGAUUUACAGGAAGCAUUUUUGUUGGAAGAGGAACCAGGAGAAAUCCACGUGGAGACCAUAAAGCAAAUGUAGGUUUAAAUCUGAAAUUCAAUAAGAGGAAUGAAGAAGUCCCUGGCUACACUAAAAAAGUUGGAAGUGAAUGGAUGUACUCUUCUGCAGUGGAACAGCUUUUAGCUGAAUAUUUAGAAAGGGUACCAGAACUUUUUACCUACUUAGCCAAAAAUAGUUCAGAAUAUAUAUUUUAUGAAGAUGACAUUUGGCCUGGUGAAGAGGAGAAUGGGGCUGAGAAGGUUCAAGAAAUCAUGUCAUGGGUAAAGUCUCAUCCUGUCAGUGCACUUUCACGUUCAUCUUGUGAUUUGCAAAUUCUGGAUGCAGCUAUCAUUGAAAAGAUUGAAGAAGAAAUAGACAAAUGCAAGCAAAGAAAAAGUAAUAAGAAAGUGCGUGUGACAGUGAAACCUCACUUAUUAUACAGACCUUUAGAACAACAAAAUGGAAUUUUACCAGAUCAAGAUGCAGAAUAUCGAUUGUUUGACCGUGUUGUGAAUGUGAGAGAGAACUUUUCUGUUCCCCUUGGACUUCGUGGUACUAUAAUAGGAAUUAAAGGAGCCAGCAGAGAAGCUGAUGUACUAUAUGAAGUACUGUUUGAUGAAGAAUUUCAUGGAGGUUUAACAAUAAGGAGUUCACCUUCCAGAGGAUACCGCAUGCCAGCUUGUGCCUUAAUUAACAUAUCUUAUGGCUAUCGAACUGAAACAGGAAAUCAGAAGUUAACAGCCAUAGUUAAGCCACAGCCAGCUGUGAGUUCCUACAACUCAUAUUCAUCUGAAUCCUUUUCUGUAUGUUCCCAAAAAGCACAUCUAGGAGGCCUCAAUCAUUCUCCUCGUUCCCUCUUUGUUCCAACUCAACAAUUGAAUGGAAGACAGCAUAAUAGUAUCAAAGCAGAAAAGCAGGGCAAUUCCAGUUCUCAGCAGAAAGUAACCUAUACAAGUAGCCAUCAGAAAUAUAAACAAGCUCACAAUAAAAAAGAUGAUGAAUUUUGCAACAUUUGGCAAUCAUUGCAGAACCCUGGAAAGUCUCAGCCUUCCAUACAAAAUAAGGAUGAAAUGGUUGAAGAUUUUUUACCUCCAUAUAUAAAAUUUGGUGCCAGUAAUAGGUCCUGCAAACCAGGUUUCAACGAGAAUAGCUUUAAAAGCCAGCAAAAAGCCCAGGACUCAUCUAGGAAAUCCAAAGAAGAUUCUAAAGACCCAAGAAAUGAAGGUCAAACACAAAAAAUAUCAGACAAACUGAAUUUUGCAGGUGUAAGUAAGAGUAAUGUAAAGCUUCUGAAGAGAAAUGAAGGCUCAAGUACACAAAGAGAACAAAAACCUGUAGUUCAUGAUCCCAGCAUAACUACAAAGAAUGGGUCUGAACUUGGAGAUAUUUUGGCAUCUUUAAAAAUUUUCAAAGAAAAGGAACAAUCACCUGGUUCCAAGGAGUCAACAAAUGAAGACCAUUUAUCUCCCCAAUCUUUUGCCAUGAAAGGAACACAGAUGCUCAAAGAAAUUUUGAAGAUAGAUGCUUCUGCUACUCCAGAAGGAAAGACUAAUGAAAUUUCACCUUCCACUUGUAAACAGGACUCUUUUGAAACUGCAUCACAAUGUAAACACCCCCAAAAGAUAGUGGAGUUCACGAAUAAAUCUAAUAUUGGAGGGUCACAGAACAUUCAAGCCAUGGGAAAAGGAAGCCAUCCUCCACUUGGAACACCAAAUACAGUAUCUACUGCUGUGUCUGAACUUUCUCGUAUCUGUUCCCUUGUUGGAAUGUUGCAACCAGAUUUCUCAUUCCUUAGAACCCCACAGACAAUGACAGUUUGUCAGGUGAAGUUAUCCAAUGGCUUAUUAGUGCAUGGACCUCAGUGCCAUUCUCAAAAUGAGGCCAAGGAGAAAGCAGCAAUUUUUGCUUUACAACAGUUGAGCACUGUUGGGAUGAAUUUUCCCCUGCCACCACAGCAACCAUUGCCACCCCCACCAAUAUUUGCAAAUUAUCAGCCACUGGGAAAUCUUAUGGCACCUAGAGCUAUCCCUCCAGUUUUCAGUCAACAGCAGACUGCUAAUAUAUUUCCUUCAUCAUUUCCUGCCUUUGGUUCAGUUCAGUGGGGACCACCAAUGCCAGUUCACAACAAAUCUUAUUACACUGGUCCAUAUCCUGGACAUGCAUAUCCUGCAACUAUACCAGUUGGUACACAUAACCAAUUUAUACCUUUGCAGGUAACUAAAAAAACAGCUGCAAACAAAAUAAAUUUUGAGUCUAAGGAGUUCCAAGCUUCUCUUCAGGAUGCACAGUUAAAAAACGAUCAGUUAAUAUCUGACACCACAAAACUGAAUUCUCCAGAUACUUCUUCAGAUCCUUUAAGACCCUCUCAGACUGUUCCGUCUGCAGCAUCUUUUCAAGAAAAAAUGGCAUCUCCAAAUUCAAGGGUAUCUCAUAAAAAGUCAACACAAAAUGUUUCCACCAAACGAAAACCCAGAAAAUUGGCUGUCAAUUUUGGUGCAUCGAAAUCUUCAGAAUAAGUAUGGUACACAGAAUGCUUACCUUUCUAUUGUAUUAUACGAAUAAAUACAAUUUUAAAUUUUAAUUCUAAUCCAAAUUAUGCUUUUAAUUAGUAUUUUUCUGCCAGUCACAUUAUUUUAAUACUAAUUAUGCUCAUUAAAAAACUUUAUUUAGUUGAUAAAAUCCAGAAACUUUUAAAUUAAGUGGUUACACUAGCCGUCUUGCCUAAAUAUUUUUAAAAAUGGCUUUUAAACAUUAAUACAAGAGAGUAGCAAUAAUAUUGAUACCGCUAGAAUUGCUUUUUUAAAACUGGAAGUGAGUCUGAAAGAAUUAUUCCUGAUGAUUUGUCUCAUUUUUAAAGAUGACAUAACUUCUACAAACUAUUUAUAUGUAACCAUUAUUUUAUUUCUAUAUUUCAGAUUCUUUUAAUUGAUACAGCAUGAAUAGAUUUUAACUAUUGUGGCACUGCCAACUUUACAUAAAAUUAUAUCUAGGAAUUAUACCAAAGCAAUUUAAGAACUUAAACAUAUCCUAAAAUUAUUGUACAGGUAGUCUUGAACAUACGACAAUUAGGACCAGAAUUUCUGUCACUAAAUGAUGUGCUCAUAAAGUAAGAUGUUAUUGAUUACAUUGCCUAAUGACUGCAAUCCCAGUAGUCCUCGUUCUGUCAUUAACUAAGAAUUGUGAAUCAUUAAGCGAGUACCCACCCUAAUCCAAACCAUCCCAGGCUUUGUCCCUUCCAGCCAAAGUCUCACUAAGGUAAGGGACUGCCUCCAGUUCCCCCCACCUAUCUAUCUCACACCCAAUCCCUGCCCUUUGACUGCCCUGCACUCUGCCUUGUGGAGCAGCAAGCAACCCCCACAACAGCAUGACUGUGAGGCUGUGUGACACGCCAUGAGAAGCUCAGCCCAGUCCUAAUUAACCUUACCACCCUGCACUAGGAGAUCCCUGCCACACUGUCCUCUGCAACCCCUCUUCUCCCCCCCCCCCGGCCUUCACCAUUUCCUUGCUCCCACUGCCAACAAGGUAUGCCUAAUCUGGCUGCUUGGCUAGGCAGCACUUCUGCUGGGGGGGAGAGGAGUUCAAGGCAAUCCCUUUGCAAAAAGCUUCUCAGCAAAGCUGAGCUUUAUGUUCCCAUCAUAAAAAAACUAAAAGCGGUCCCAAAGAGGGAAAGGUUGGAACAGUAAGUUCAUCCAUUCUGGAAGCUCUUUACAAGGGGUUACUUUGAGGAUUUUUUCUCCCCUUUUAGGAACGGGAAGCUUACCCCCACCCAGAAGCUGGUUACAAAAGGUCUGCUUUGGGUUUUAUUUUUCCAUGGCUGAAGCUGAGUCCACCAACCAGGCUGGGCAUACCUCCUCAGCACUGGGAGGAAGAAGACAGUGAAAGUCAGCUGAGGCAGUGGAGCACAGGGUGACAGGGUUCCAAAAGGCACAGAUGAGGGCAUGGGUGGGGAGGAGUGCCCCUGGGGUCAUAAAUGUAGGCAGGCUGCCAAGCAGUCAAAAUUUGAUCAGGCAACCAUAGGGGUGCUGCAACAGCUGUAAUUCUCCAGUAGGUGGAGACAUCCAGGCAUAAGUAUGACUCUGUCAGGAUCCAAUAGACUGGGUCUACAAGUAUUAAGGCCAUGCCCACGAAGCUCCUCCCCAGAAAUAGACUCAGUCGAUCCUUCGAUUAGCUGUGUCUCCCUAUCUCUCCUUGCUAAUUUUCCUUUAAAUUCCUUUGCCCAGGGCCUCUCCUCCAAUUAAUUUCAACCCUAUGGAGGACCUUUCCACUGAUACUGAUGGGGAUGCCUCCCCCCCCCCCAGCUUCUCCUUUGGAUCCUGAAGAGGGGAUUGGAUUUCAGGGGGAAUCAUAUUCUGAUGGGGAUAGCAGCAUCACCCCCGAUAUUGAUGUGGGUUCCCCUGCUCCCAGGACUGUCACCAUUAAUCCUGACGAUAUGGCUGACAUCAUUGCAGCAGCCAUUGAGCAUGGCAUCACUGCAUGCCUUCAGCAUCGUUCUCCUGUCACUGCCACUCCUCCUUGCACCUUUUCCAGCAGACCUAAGAAGGGUCGUUUCACCCAGGCAUAGGUUAUAAGUCUCUUGAUUCAGCGCCAUCAUAUCUUUAAACAGUCAUGAAUGGUUGUCAAUGGUUUAGUUAAAUGUCUUUAACUAAAUGGCACCAUGUUCCAGCAAAUAAGGUACACAUUUAUUGAUCUGGUUUUAUCCUGAACGCAAAAAUUAUCUCUGCACGUUGCUCAAUGAUCCCACACACUUGGAUGUGGCAUACAACAUGAGCUUUGAACCUAUCCUUAUUUAUGAAUAUGAACUAUUUAAAAUUUGGAACAGUUGUUUUUUUAUAGGAUAAAAAUUCAUAUGAUUUCCUAAAAAGAAAUAAUUGAGAGUCUUAACUCAUUCUUGGAUACACCACAAGUCUUUUUAUUUUUGUUUCAUUGUUCACCUUCAGUGUCUUUUGGGAGAAAUAAAACAUGAAUCAGCAGGAUACUGUUUUAUUACUAACUUUUGAAACAUUCAGAAUGUUUUGUUUUUUUUACUGGAAGCAGCAGUAGCAUUAUAUGAAUUAGUGUGAUCACUUUCAAAUAACACAUUUUUCAUGCUGGAGUAAUUUCACUCUAGGAAAAUACCCAAAUAAUGCUGUCAAUAUAUUAUCUCCACAUACAAGCAUCCAAGCCGAGUCCAUGUUGAUUCAAGACAAAAAACAUCUUUUUAACAUGAAAUUUAACAAUUUCAUGCAAAAUUAGUACAUUGUUACAUCACAGCAUGGGAAGUGGCCAUACUUGCCACUUUCAAUUUGAACAAACAGUACUUUACUUAUACUUUGCCUUGAAUUAUGUUAACAGAGAAUUCUUAUUUAAUGCUGGCAUUUGUUUUAAAUCCACAGCCUAUUAUUUUUCUCAGUUUAAGUAAAUUAUGCUAUCUGUUAAUUUGGGUUUUGGUAAUAGGUAUGGUCUGGUUACAGAUUUCCAUGGAUGACAACCACUUUUUGCCAGUGUGACUGAAGGCUAAAUUUCUUUUUGUUUACAUGUUUAGGAAUAUAAACAUCCAUUCUCUAGGCCCUGGAAUGUUUUUUUUUCUGUGUCAAACUGUAAAUUGUGUGUUAGCCACUAAAGAAAAAAUUGACUUACAACCAGCAAACAUAUGCAUUUUUCCUAUUAGGUUUAUAUUUGUUUUUUAAUCCAAAUUGCCACUUACUUUCAAUGAUUUCAUUCAUAUCUGUACACAACAUCUGUUCUGUUUUUAUUUUUCUUAUGAAUCAGCCAGAUCAGUAUUAGUUUCCAUAUAAGGUACCCUGGGGUUUUUUUUUAUGUUGUAAGACAUAAAUAAUUGGCUUAAGGCCUCUCAGAGUGUAUUUUAUAAAUGCUGGAUUUUUUCACAAAUCUUGUACAAAGCAGUAUUUUAUUAAAAUCUCAAAGGGAAAAUGUGCAGAUUUUAUAAUUUCUUUUUUAGAAAAUGCUUUGUUUACAUAACAAGUGAGACGUGAUAAACUGGCAUGAAUAUCAAGUGUAUUUUUGUGUAUAGUGAGUGUAUGUCAGAAUUCUAUCAUAUCAUAUAAAAUACUGUGCAAAGGUAUUUUAAAAUGCAAAUUUACAAUGUACAAUGAAGGAUUAACAUGUAUGGUUGAAAUACCAUGGAGAAAUUUAAUACAAUAAUUUUAUAUAA